CACUAUUGCCUUAAUAUUGCGCCCAACUCCCAAAGGGUGAGCUGAGUCCGGCCUGCUGGGACUCUCUACACGGUAUCUUGUCAUAAUCAGUCCCAGUAAUUUGGUCCAGUGGGUUCUGUCGUUGUUUCGUUCCAUUGGUAGCCACCGCAACUAGUAUCCGAGUUUCUGCUGCAUCUCUCUUUUCUUUCCCACUUUGUACGAGUAUUAUUUUCAUUUCUCUCUUGCCUUGUUUGUUCUAUCAUGAACGCCGUAACCACUCGUUCCUCCCCUGCUCUUUCGACCUGUUACUUUACUCCACUGCGCAAUGACCAACCUUACUGUUACUUUGGCGGACCUAUUUUCCAGAUGCUCAGCUCGCCCGGUUGGAUUCGAUUUGAACCUAAACAACCCUCGAACAAAACCCAAUAUCUAAUGCUGCUCCUGUCUUCGUUGGCCCCUCUUCUCUCCAUACCCACUUCGGAUCCUCCUCUCAACCACUACUGUGCAGGACAGCCGUGUCGGUUUUCUUACUCACGGGCCAUCCCUGGUUCAUUCCAAAGUUCGGACUAUCAUCACAUCAUCCCCAUUUCGUCCGCUGUUUCCUCCAUUUUGCGCCACACUAGCCUCAGUCUUCCUGCCUAUCACUACUUUGUCCACUCUUUUCAUCCAGGAAAACUAUGGUCAGUGUAUCCGGCCUACCGGCUCGCUUCGUGCAUACUGAUGAUCCCUCACAUUCGACCCUGCUUCUUCAGCCUACCCUUGUACCGAACGUUUUCACGGCCUGGUGCCAGCUGUCGUGAUCUUCUCUCUUUGUCAAGUCUGUACCUGCGACCCUGCGACGGCCUUGACUCAUUCACCGGUCUUUCCGAAAAGGUCGGCUUGGUGUCUCCACCGCUGCGACAUAGACAACAAGGCGGGCUCCUCCAUGAGAUUACCGUCGAUUUGUCGACUGCAUUAUUAUAGUCGUAUCCUACCCGCCCUCUCACCAUCCUACACAUCAUUCUUCCUCUUCGAGUAAAAUACCAUUUUUGGCUUCUUCAACACCUUACUCGCCUUGACUUCUUCGCGC